GCUUUAUAUGUGACAUAAUUUUCAGGGUGUAUAAUCUUUCCUCAUCUGGUUCUAGCGACUCCUUGGUUUCUGAAAUGAUUUUAAAGCCAGAGAGUCCAGAGACCAAAGCAUUUGUUAUUAAGGAAACCGGAGUAACAUCAGUUUCUAAACCUGCAUUUCAAGCAUUCAAGCUUCUAUCUGAAAAUCCUGCAGCUCAGUCUGUGGUUGCAUCAAUUGCUUCUGAUCCAAAUGUGUGGCUUGCUGUCAUGGAAAAUCCAGAUCUCAAAGAGUAUCUUUAUUCUCAAAAGAGCACUGCUUCCGAUUCAGUGUUGGAGAAGGAAUGUGUUAGUGAGGUCAAGUUUCAGGACAAUGAAGCUCAUGAGAGUGUCAAUGAUAGGGCAAAAUCGGGAGAUGGGUUAUUUCACAACAUAAAGACUCGAGUGGUAGACAUGUUAAGUGGCUUAUCAGGGUAUUUUCAGAACAUAUUCGGAGGAGGAGAAGAGACAAAUGCAGAUGUUGAAGAUAGUGCUAAAACUAAAACAAGCUUUAUGGAGAAUCCAUUGGGUGCAUCAUUUAUGGGUUUGGCGGUUAUGGUUAUUCUGGUUGUGGUUCUAAAGCGUCCAUAAGGUUCGGUUCAUUAGUUCCACUUAUAAAUUUGUCGAAACUGCAAGGUGUUGUGUUCUUGUUUGGUGUAUGGAAGACUUGUUUGAUUCGUGUUUGUUUAGUUUAUAUAUUUGUAUUGUGUUGCUACAAUAUGAGUAAAUCUUUCAGUAUUCUCAAUACUGGUCAUU